CUGAGCCGCGCCGCGCUGGACGACUCGGGCUGCUAUGCGGCUACGGCGCGCAACGCGCUGGGCGCCGUGUCGUGCCGCUGCCACCUGGUGGUGGACAAGGGCAUCCGCGCCUACGUCGCCCCGGACUUCAUCUUCGAGCUGGAGCCGGAGGUGGCGGUGAAGGCCGGCGCCGACCUGCGGCUGGCGGGCCGCGUCGAGGCCUACCCCAGCGUCGGCGUCAUGUGGCACCGCGACGGCGUGCGGCUCCGCCCCAGCCGGCGCGCCGUCAUGACGCUGGACCACGACGGCACGGUGGAGCUGGCGCUGGCCGGCGUCGGAGCGCGCGACGCGGGCCUCUACAGCUGCACGGCGGCCAACGCCGUGGGCCGCGCUGAGAGUAGCUGUCGCGUCCAGGUGCUCGGCUCCUCGCCCCCGCCCGACCGCCAGGUGCCCGAGGUGGUCGCCCCCGACGUC